CGCGACCGGCGCCCAGCUCCCCCGCCCGGCCGUGGCCAGGAGGCUCCGGCGCGACCUGCGGCUGCCAGCCCAGCGCGUCCCUGGCCGCAGCCGGCAUGGACGCGGCGCCGAGGCGGAACCGCCCGGAGGGGCCGGCGGAGCGCCCGCCGCCCGCCCGGGACUCGGAGGAGGAGGAGGAGGAGGAGGAAGCCGGGAUGGAGCCCGGGCUGGCGGACGAGGAGGAGGUGGACCCCCGGAUCCAGGGAGAACUGGAGAAGCUCAAUCAAUCCACGGAUGAUAUCAACAGGCGGGAGACUGAACUUGAGGACAUCCGUCAGAAGUUCCGCUCCGUCCUGGUGGAAGCGACGGUGAAGCUGGAUGAGCUGGUGAAGAAGAUCGGCAAGGCCGUGGAGGACUCGAAGCCCUACUGGGAGGCUCGGAGGGUGGCGAGGCAGGCGCAGCUGGAGGCUCAGCGAGCCACGCAGGACUUCCAGAGGGCCACCGAGGUGCUCCGCGCCGCCAAGGAGACCAUCUCCCUGGCCGAGCAGCGGCUGCUGGAGGACGACAAGAGGCAGUUCGACUCAGCCUGGCAGGAGAUGCUGAACCACGCCACCCAGAGGGUCAUGGAGGCGGAGCAGACCAAGACGAGGAGCGAGCUGGUGCACAAGGAGACGGCGGCGCGCUACAACGCGGCCAUGGGCCGCAUGCGGCAGCUGGAGAAGAAGCUCAAGCGGGCCAUCAACAAGUCCAAGCCUUACUUUGAACUCAAGGCGAAGUACUAUCUGCAGCUUGAGCAGUUGAAGAAGACGGUGGACGAGCUGCAGGCCAAGCUGGCCCUGGCCAAGGGCGAGUACAAGACGGCGCUGCGGAACCUGGAGACCAUCUCCGACGAGAUCCACGAGCGGCGGCGCUCCGGCGCCAUGGGGCCCCGCGGGCGCGGCGUCGGCGCCGAGGGCGGAGCUGUGCCCGCCGAGGGCCUGUCUGGGCGCAAGCCCGAAGCCGACGCCGUUUCUGUGGCCUCCGAGGCCUUCGAAGAUGACAACUGUAGCGCCUUUGUGUCUGAGGAUGACUCGGAAACCCAGUCCCUGUCCAGCUUCAGCUCAGGGCCCACGAGCCCGUCAGAGAUGCCUGAGCAGUUCCCCGCAGCUAUGCGGCCCGCCAGCCUGGACCUGCCCAGCCCCGUGUCCCUGUCAGAGUUCGGGGUGCUGUUCCCGGGGCUGGGCCCCCGCAGCGAGUGCAGCGGGGCCUCAUCCCCUGAGUGCGAGGUGGAGCGAGGGGACAGAGCAGAGGGGGCAGAGAAUAAGAUGGGUGACAAGGCAGGCAGCCACCGGAGGCUAGGCAGCAGCAGCGGUGACGGCAGCAGGAGCCCCCCGAAGCCCGCGGGCCAGGCCCUGGAGGACGGGGUGCGGCGGCUGUCCCUGCGGGGCCCCGGGCGUGCGGGCCUCACGGACACACACGUGGUGCAGAUCGGCUGACACGCCCUGGCCCCGGCGAGGGCCAGUGUUUAUACACGAACCGGACGGAGGACAUUGUGCCAAUAAUCACAAAAUAUAUGCCAAAUCCCAGCCCUUUCCUCUAAACCGCACGAGUGAGGCUUCAGUGGGCUCGAGAGCUGGAGGUCUGUCUGUGGGGCGAGUGCUCCUGGGCUGGCGUGUUUUCCCGUGCAGUCAGUUGCGGGCGGGCUGUGACCGGGUCCACGGCCUUUGUUGGAACGGUCCCUGUCACGGUGUCAUGCAAGCAGUAACCUGUUCCCAGAAAAGACCCUGAGCCAGCCGAGGGCCUGGGGAGCUGAGCCCCCAGCAGACUCAAGGGCCCACUUAUUUGGGAAAACAGCCUUGUUCUCUCCUUUAGAUCCCGUGGGGCGGGGUGGGGGGGGUGGUAUCUAAAGGAAAACAAGUGCACGCAAAUGAAACUCAAAUAUUUGCAACAACGCUUUCUGAUCCAGUGAAGGCUUUAAAAAAAAAGAAAAUCCAAGAACAGAAUUCAUUUUCAUCAUCUCUGGUUUUCAGACGGGGGCGUUUAAAAUGUGUUUGCUGGGACGCCCGUUAAAAUACUUUUGUUUGUCGAAAGUUGCCAUGAGCUGCACUUUUUGGGGUGGGAAGGGUGAAUGCCGUGUGGGGAUGGGGGGACUCGGGCAGGGGCCUGUCGUGGAUGGGAGCCUGUGGCUGCGGGCGGGGAGGAGUCCUGUCGCGUAAACCUCACCCCACCAGCCAAGGGGACUUAUUCUAAGGCCCGUGCAUGAGGAAUGGUGGCCAGUGUUGUUCUAGGUCGACAAGGUGUCGGUUUCUCUGUAGGCUGUAACUUUUAAAAAUAAACAGUUAUUUAAGGGUUAUGCUGCACUAGUAUUUCUUAAGCGGAAACUGUCCCUUACAGCUAGGAAAGGGAGGGGGCACAGGGUGGCAGGGGCUGUUGAUAGAAGCGAUCGUGUCUGUUAUGCUAACAGUGUUCAGUGUUGUAGCACUGCUUUUCUUGUUUCCAUGGCUACCCGUAUUUAGAACAUUGUAUUUUGUCCUUUUUUGUUAAGAAAACAGCAUUUCUAAAAGAAAAAA